UUGACAAGUUUCAAAAUGAACUUGAUCAUAAUUUUUGUAGUCGUUGUACUGCAUUGCUUAUCGAAUUUCGUUCUUGGAGCAGGUAAUACUAUAACAAAAGGUAAGAUAAAUGUUUCAAAAUAAUUAUCCCUAACUUUCGUAAAACGAUUGAAAAAAAACAUUAUAGAAUUUUUCUUUUUUAAAUAUAUUCAUACAAGAAGACAGAAGUGUGCGGUCCAGGGGAUUACCUGUCGAUCUCUGCAGUAGUUGGCUGACGGGGCACGACGAUUGUCCUGCACUAGACGAUUCAGGGCGUGAAAAGAUAAGCAGAGAACGAACGAUGUACGCAUAUUUUUCAUAAGAACCGUGAUGAACUGUCAGCAGAUGGAAUUAUUCUUCAUAUUCGGCAUGCGAUGCAUACUGAUCGAUCAUUUUAUCAAUCUAUAGAAUGCAAAUUCGUUCUCGUUCUGUUCUUAAAUCCUUUUUCCCCAUGGCUCUGUGCGUGGCAAAAAUGAGAAAAAAUUAUGAUUGAUUUGUUUUUGACUUGACUUAUGUCACCUCCAUGCUUCAUGCGCUGUCUUCAAUGAUUGUAACACUUGACGUAUCAACUGAUGAAUCGAUUUAUAUCUCAUUGUUAUUGGAAGCUACUCAUUUCCAUUCAAAUACUACUACUUAGCUUUCUCCAUGUUUCAUUGAUAUUUUCAAGUACAAUACAUCGAAUACUAAGAUAUUUCUUAAAGAGCAACUAGAAAAGUAUAUGCUCAUUAACAACAGUACUAAAUUGAGCCAUUUCAAACCGUCCCUGUGCUGCUCUCGAUUCGUUCUUACAGCGAUGCAGGAUAAAAAUAAUUUCAAUAUCAUUAUCAUUCAAAAAUUGAAGAUGUUGGUGUGAUUGUGAAUGCAACUGAGAGUCAAAGUCUCUACCACCAACUCAUACCCACGUUCAUUCUCAUCCACAUCUCGCAGUUUCUUCGAUGAGUAGCUUGUAAAUUUUGCUAUGCCAGAUGUUCAUUAAAAAUGUUUUGCUAUAUUAUUCAUAAUAAUUUCUUGAAAAAAAUAAACUGCCAUUAUAAAGUAAAGUUUUAGAGAAAUCGGAAAAAAGAUGGGAACAGAUCUCCAUAAAACCAAUGGCACUAAUGAGCGACACGAAUAUGAUUUGAAAAUUAGGCCACAGGAGUGGAUAAUCUAAAUCUGCGGAGCUGAAAACUCUCAUGCCUCGCACAGUUCUCCUAGAGAACUAGGUAAACAAUGAACAUAUUCACAUUUAUAGGAUAGCUAAGAUUUCUCUUAAAUGAAAUUUAUGUCAGUUAUUUCACAAAAAGAUUUCAAUUCACAACGAAUAAGCUGAGAUAUAAAUACCUUAUUUCACUUAACUUCUUCAAGAUUUAGCAGUAGGAUUACACCGGAGAGAAGAUGCUGGAUAUGAAAAUCAUCAUCAAGCAUGAUCUUUUUGUGUAUUUCAGGUUACAAUCAUCCUGGUGGAAUGCAUCCCAAGCAUCAGAUUGACUUUGUAAAGCUGCAAGUGUCUAGUAAACAACAACCAUAUUACGAUGCAUAUCGCCAACUUAUCUCCUAUGCGGAUGCAGCGUUCAAUCAUACUACUCAUGCUCUAGCUGAUUUUGCUGUUCCUGGUUACUACAUCGAUCCAGUAUUGCAUCAAAAAAAUUCGGCUGGUCUUCAAUCGGAUGCAUUUGAUGCGUAUGCCUGUGCAUUGGCCUAUUGGAUAAGCGAUGGUCAAUUCAAAUAUGCCAACCAAUCAAUACGAUUUUUAAAAGCAUGGGCCGAUUUAAAUACGAAGUAUUCUGAUUACGACGGUAGUCUUGUCAUGGUCUAUUCAGGCACAGCAAUGGUUAUGGCUGGCGAGCUACUUCUUAACUACGAUGGCUGGGAUCAUAUUGACAAGGAAAAAUAUUUACAAUGGGUGCAAAAUGUUUAUUUAAAAGCGUCAAAUGAAAUUAGAUUGCGAAAAAAUAAUUGGGGCGAUUGGGGUCGCUUUGGCUCGAUUUUAUCUGCUCAUUUGUUUUGUUCAAUGCCGAGGAAAUAG